CGAGGCCCCCGAUAUAUGUGCUACGGACCACUGAUAUCGCCAUCGAGAGCUUGGCCGCUGCUCUUCUACAAAGAUAGUUAACACAAUCGCGCCAGCUCAUCAUUCGAUCGCCUAUAUUCAAUCUCGACCGGACGGGCUGCACGACUCCCCUACGAUCACUACUUCCUGACGAACCAAGAUGCCGAUCACACGACACGUCGACAACAUCCACUUCGAUCCAGGUCUCCCACCUGGUAAUCCGCUUUGGAACCGGGAUAUGCAUGCUUUCCCCACCAUCUUCCGGCUCGCUUCGCAAACCUUCGAUUUCGGUGACGAAGACGUAGCUACCUACUUCUUUGAUCCCGAAAGGAUGCGAUACCACGAAACCGCUCUCGACGCUUGGAACAUGCUCCUCUCGGACCUCAUGCCGAAGAAUCAUAUGGUUCAGGUGUCGACUAUCGGCACCACAUUGGACCAGAUUAAUUCAACCACCCUGCACGACGCCGUAACGUUUCGCGACGUCAACACAGCCUAUCGCGAGGCAAGAAUACCAAGCUACAACUUGCUGACAGAGCAACAGUCAGCAGCAGUGGCAAAUAUGGCUCAUGAAUCAGUCAACACAGCCCAAGCCCUCAACAUGAUCACCAGGUCUGCUAGGACCCCUGAUUUCAAAGCUACAGCUUUCUCAUACAGCGUGCUCCCGAAGCCCCAACACGCGUUUGAGCUACUUCUCGUCGGGGAGCUCAAGCAGAGGUUUGACCUAAUGGUGAUGACGUUGAAGAUCAAAGGCUUGCUGGUUGGUACGCUUUGCCAGUGUCUGAGGUACCUGGCAUAUAGCAAGCGUAUCUAUGAUACCAGAUUUGCCCUCAUCAUUCACGGUCACGGUUUUCGGAGGUGCUUCGUCACCGAAAAUGACGUCUUAUGGAUCGAUAUCGGUCGGCUUGGGCCAGACGAGGAGAACGAUGUCGUCGACAUGACGCUAUCUCAUCUUCUGACAUACGGCUUGGACGGUGGUGCGGCUUUAUACCACGAACUCAGACCCGACUCGACUUUCACCGACGGCGGAGCUGGUCAUGCGUUGUCGUCCUUCUUGGAGCUAGUCGGCCAGACCUGGAUCAACAAUCAUCUCGGCAUCAAACUCCCUCUCGAACUUGGAGGUGAUGGACACAACAAGUACGCUCGGGUGCAGGAUUUUACCCUGGAGAGUCUCGCCAGAGCUGCUAGCGACGUUCGGCUUCACAUGGAAGAGCAGCAAGAGGACGAACAAAGAGGACCAGACGUUGGUUGGGAAGAAGAGAAUGUCGAUGUGGACACAGAGGGGCACGAGCCAAAGAAGGCUCACCACGACGUGCUCAACGAUCCGGAACACAUUACCCACGGAAGAGAGGUGCAGACCGAGGUGGAUGCCAUUCCGCCUAGCAUUGAAGCUGACCCGACCGCGGAGGCCAUGUCUAACGGUGACCUCAUGCGAGACCAACUAAUGAACAUUGUCGACCAGAAGAACGAAAGUCUGAGCAGCUUGCACUGCGAGAAGACCAGCCAGCAUAGCGAGGAGAAGAAACCAUCACCUUUCACACCUGAGCAGAUAUCGUGGCUCAGGGCGGUCGGCAAAGAAAUGCGGGAUGCCGGAGCCAGCUUAGACGAAAUUUAUCCAGGCUAAUCCUCCCCGUCGACGGUUUUGGCACCUCGUCCCCAUCGAUUCCACUUGAGUCGCAUGCGAUGUGGACCUACGAUCCUUCCGCGAAAGAAAGCAAUAAUAGUCCAUAUCACCGGAGCUUGUAUCAGUACAUCUUUGCCACUCUUCUGUCUUGUCCGGCAACGCCUCGCGUCGUCAAAAUCGAUAACGACUUUCGUUCAUCAAGCAUUUCAGUGUGAUCCCCGGCCGAGAAGAAGGAAGAAAGGAAACGAUGAAAAUUGCAUUUCAUGUUAUGUUCAUCUUCGCAGUUCAUGGGCUCGUUGUCAUGUUCUGAGGUUGGUCAUAACCCGUGAUCACGGGCGGAGGGUUCCAGUACGGGUCAUUCAUGUGCGAGAGAAGAUCGACGGAGAACCUGUUGGCGCCAUGAUUAACUAAUUGAUUGAUGUGCCUCGGCGUGUUUCCGGACAAUCUUACCAGUCAUGCGAUUCUUGCAAG